AGUCAGCAAACAUUACCACAGCCUUUGAGCAGUGCUUUUUAAGGACUAUCCCUGCUUCCUGUGUCUUUAAAGUGCAGUAGGAGCCUCUCCUAAAUAGAGGAGGAGGGGGGGCUGCUGUGCGCCACUUGGAGGUGUCUGCCUGCCUCUCAAAGGAGCGUGUCCGUGUAUACUGAACACACGGGAGUCCCAGUUUGAUUCGGAUUCGCGGAAAAAAAAAUUCUCGCAAGAGAUAAGGAAAGGAAAAAGGGGCGAUACACACAUGGAUGGACGGACGGACGCUGCAAUCUGGAUUCGUUUGGCUGCCGGUGCGCGACAUUUGUGGACAUAAUGGGGAAUACGACACCUAAACCAUUAAUAGAUGCGACUCUGCAACCCCGCCCUGUGGCAAACAGGCAGUACUACACGUUGCCGAACCAUGGGUCAGGAGUUGAGAGAAGGUCGGCACAUCCAGUUAGCAUCAGUAUGGAGUCGCCUCGCUUUCAUCCUAACGCUAAGGGCAAGAAUAUCAGACUGGACGGGCAACUUCGCCGCGCCAUUCGUAAAAACAGCUUCUGCAAUGGCAUCACCUUCAGCCACCGGCCUGUUCACCUCUACGAGAAGGUGCGACUUCGUCUCACUAGUGUGCACACUGGCUGGAGUGGAGCUCUGCGUUUCGGGUUUACCAGUCUGGACCCCAGCGAGUUGAUGACAUCGGACAUCCCCAAGUAUGCCUGCCCAGAUCUGGUGACACGGCCCGGAUACUGGGCCAAAGCGCUGCCUGAGAGACUUGCCCUGAAGGACAACGUGUUGGCGUUCUGGACCGAUCGUCACGGAAGAGUGUUCUACAGUAUCAAUGACGGCGAGCCAAUUCUUUUUCACUGUGGCCUCAGCAUCGGCUGCCCGUUGUGGGCCAUCAUCGAUAUCUACGGGAUCACUCAGGAAGUCACACUGCUGGAAAGCACGUUUGCUGAGAGCGUUGGGUCCAGUUGCCUGAACGCAGCCCGUCUGAGUGCCUAUCUGCCACAAAGCAGCCACGACUCUGCCAAUUUCAGCAACAAUCAGCUGGAGAACAACCAGGCGGCCGCUGCCAAAAUGGCCAACAUCCAGCUCAGUAAUUACACUCAACUUAUCCCUUGUUGCUCUUCCACUUCUUCCUCCACGACGCCAUCCUCAUCUACCACCACUGGAUGCAGCGUUUCUCGUGUGGUCCGCAGCCUUCCUUCUCCGCUGGAUAGCGACUUGCACUUUCACCCGAUCCGUGGCUCUGAUGUCAUACUGUCGGCGGACCGCUUAGCCGCUUGUAUCCACUUCCUGGACAGCAGUCGGACUUUAGUGUUUAGCGAUCGUCCGCUGCACACGGGAGAGACUUUGUAUAUAGAGGUCGGCCAUUUGGGUCUGCCUUACUUUGGGGCGCUUUUGUUUGGUUUGACAUCAUGUGACCCAGCUAGUCUUCACGCCGGGGACUUGCCAGCCGACCCUGAGGUUCUCCUGGAUCGCAAGGAGUACUGGGUGGUGCACCGCGGCUUCCCCAUGCCGUGCGCCGGAGAUGUGCUCAGCUUCAGUGUGUUACCCGGUGGAGAGGUGCACCACGGCGUGAACGGAGUCGGACGAGGAAGACUCCUUUGCGUGGAUUCGUCUCAGGUGCUGUGGGCUUUCUUCGCUCUGCAUGGAGCUGUCAACAGACUCAGGAUACUUGGAACGCUGCAGGCCAGUCCUCCCUCCAUCUCCCCAGGCACUUCCCAGAGCAGCAGUCCAGAUGACAGUGAUUCAGACCCGGCCUUCAGCGUCAACAGAUCCUCCUCUGCAUCUGAAUCCUCGUUAGUGACUGCUCCCAGCUCCCCUCUUAGCCCUCCGGUCUCUCCCAGCUCAGAGUUGCCUCCUUCUGACAAAAAUGGGGAAUGCACCAUUUGCUUCGACCAGGAAGUGGACACGGUCAUUUAUACAUGCGGUCACAUGUGUCUCUGCAACGACUGUGGACUUAAACUCAAGCGGCAGAUCAACGCAUGCUGUCCGAUAUGCAGGAGGCCCAUCAAGGAUGUCAUCAAAACCUAUCGGCCAUGAUGGUUCUUGGCACGGUGAUGCCAGCAUCCUUUUGUCAAUGCAGAUUAGCCAUACAAGGACAAAAUGUGCCUAUAGAAUUUUUAUAAUGUAAAUCAUCUCUGGAAAAAAAGACACGCUCCUCUUAGUGAAUAGAUGCAUACUUGAGCUUUUCUGCAGCAUUUUUGGUAAAUAAUUAACUGUCACUCUUCUUUUGUAAAUCCAUAUUUCUCCUCUUAUGUUCCCAUAUAUAUGUAAACAAUUCAAUCCAUUCAGUAUUUUAUGCUUCUGCAGGAAUAAAUAACUUCUAGUGCCUUCUUGUGAGACAUCUAUGUCUAAUUCAUUAAGUGACAAUCCAGGCUAUAUUUUGUAAUGAUGUUAAAGGCUUGUGGUGAAAAAAUGACACAAAAAAUUGAAGCAAUAAAAGGAAACAUUGUAAGUUGAAUAUGUAUGUGUACCGGACUGAAUGUGUCAUUAAAUGGUUUGAAUGUGUGUCAUUUCAGGUACAAUUGUAUAUUCUGUUAAAGGUGUUAUUAUUUUUAUUCAUUAUUUUGAUAAAAGCAAUCAGCUCAUUGUAUGUGUGAUUAAAAAUGUCAUAUUUGGGGUGUUCUUUUGUAGUGU